CUCUCUCUCUCUCUCUCUCUGAAGUUUAGAAACUGCCUUCCCAAUCUAAGUUCCCUUCUUUGCUAAGUUCCCUUCUUUGGUUCUUGAACUCUCUCAUGGAACUCAUUCCCGGCCUACCAAACAACGUCGCCCUUGAAUGUCUUAUUCGCAUUCCUUUCGAUCAAAUCUCUGUGGCCGCCUCCGUAUGCAAAGGUUGGAAGGCCGAGAUUAAGCUACCCGAGUUUUGCCGGAGUCGGAAGCAGGCUGGGUUGGCCCGAUCGGUCAUAGUGGUUGCACAAGCAUGGAUAUACCCGACCCGAACUGCCCACCUUGCAAUGCUUUGGGGGCCCCCUUUUCAUCGACUUGCUAUCUGCGAGCCAGAAACUGGGUAUUGGUCUGAGUUGCCGCCGAUGCCAGGGUUUCUUGACGGGAUACCAAUGUUUUGCCACCUUGUUGGGGUCGGAUCGGAGCUUGUGGUGAUAGGUGGUUGCGACCCAUUCUCGUGGCAAGCCUCCAAUUCAGUGUUUAUUUACAACUUCCUCUCUGCCACAUGGCGCUGUGGAACCGAUAUGCCCGGUGGGCAAAGAUUAUUCUCUGGAUGUGAUUCAGAUUUUGUUCAGAUGGUGUACGUUGCAGGUGGUCAUGAUGAGGACAAGAACGCUUUGAAAUCCGCAUUGGCAUAUGAUGUGGUAAAAGAUGAAUGGAUCCAAUUGCCCGACAUGUCAAAACCACGAGAGGAGUGUAAAGGUAUUUUCCACCGUGGUAAGUUCCACGUCAUCGGUGGGUACCCCACGGAGAGCCAAGGCAAUUUCCAGCGAGAUGCCCAAGCAUUCGAUGUGGCCACCUGGCAGUGGGACCCGGUACAAGAGGACUUCUUAGAAGCAGCCACGUGUCCGACGACUUGCGUGGAGGGUGGUGAUUCGCGGCUGUACACGUGCCAUAACAACAACGUGACCGUGCACGAUGGUGCCGCUUGGCAAGUCCUGGCUGGACUACCAGCUGAGUUGUGCAAGGUGGGUUUCGUGACAGCGUGGCAGGGGAAGUUGCUCGUGAUUGGUUCCGGAAAAUCGGGUGGGCCCCACACAGCUUAUGUGAUGGAUUUGAAGAAUUACAAGUGGACAAAAGUUGCUGUACCAGAAGAAUACUCGGGCCAUGUCCAAUCAGGUUGUUGCCUGGAGAUUUAAAAUCCAUAGGCCACAGCAAAAUUCUGUGU